UAUGUCAGGAAUCAUGCCCCCCGACGUCCUCAUCCCCCACGACCCCCGGGUCACCCACCACUACACCACCAUCCCCUCCACCUCCCAAGAGAUAACCUACCACUACCUCCUCGCCAACCCCGACUCGGCUUCCUUCCCCCAACCAACAGCCACCGUCCUCCUCCUCCACGGCUGGCCCGACCUCUCCCUCGGCUGGCGCUACCAAGUCCCCUUUCUUUUAUCUCUGGGCCUCCGCGUCAUCAUCCCCGACAUGCUCGGCUACGGCCUUAGCUCCGCCCCCUCUUCCCCGUCCGAAUACUCUCUGAAAAACCUCUCUUUUCACAUGGCGCACAUCAUCCGCCAAGUUAACCCUUCUGGACCAGUUCUCCUGGGAACCCACGACUGGGGUGCUUUCCUGGGAUGGAGAUUGGCACUUUACUACCCGGAGCUGAUUAAGGGGAUUUUUGCGUUUUGUAUUCCUUACAGCCCGCCCGAGAGAGAAGUGACGAGCUUGGAGGAGCAUGUCAAGAGGCAUCCGGAGUUGGGGUAUCAGUUGCAGAAUGCCAGGGGGGAGGUGGAGGAGGCGGUGGGCGGGAGUAAGGAGAGGUUGAGGGGGUGGUUGAAUGCCAUGUUUGGGGGGUUGACGAAAGAGGAGGGGGUGAUGGCUUUUGAUCCGUGGAAGGGGGUGGAUGUUGGUAAGUUGGAGGAGGUGGGGGAGUCGCCUUUGGUCAGCGAGGAGAUUAUGGAUUUUUAUGUUGAGGAGUACUCGCGCAAUGGCAUACGAGGACCCAUGAAUUGGUAUCGCACACGGGAGAUCAACUUGGAGGAUGAGUUACCGCUGGCUGAGGAGUACGCAAACUGGCAGUUCCAGGUGCCGGCGAUGAUUGUGAUGGUCGGUCAUGAUCCUGCGUUGCCGCCGGAGCUGACUGAUGGCAUGGAAAAGUACUUUGCUAAGGGGCUGAGGAAGGAGGUGAUUCCUGAGGCGUCGCAUUGGGUCUUAAUUCACACUCCGAAUGAGGUCAACAAGCUUAUUGGAGAGUUCUUGGAGCAGUUUCUGUGAGAGGUUCUGGGGAAUGGAAGUCAGUUUUGGCUCUUGACUUCAAUCAUUGCCAUAGGUCGAGGAUGUCGUAAAUGUCAAUUUGGGCAAUCCGGUUCGAUGGUCUUGAUGUGGUCUCUCCUCCAUCACAGGAAGAGUACCACGAAUCUACGAAGCUCUUUCCCUUCGUGUGUCACAGUUCGUGAACGUCUUGAAGGUUACAACCAACAAGUCGCCGGCUGCCGCUCAACAGUGGUGUUCACCUUGUUCGGUGAGGCGAUUGGUCGG